AUGAAGGUUACCGUCCUCCUCGCUGCUCUGGCUACGGCCGCCGUCGCUGACAUCGUCAACAAUGAGCACCUCAAGACCGAGGUCCUUACCGAAGCCAAGUGCACGCGCAAGACCAAGGUCGGCGACAAGGUCAACGUCCACUACCGCGGCACACUCCUAGACGGCAGCGAGUUCGACGCCUCAUACAACCGCGGUUCCCCCUUGAACUUCGCUGUCGGUACCGGUCAGGUCAUCAAGGGCUGGGACCAGGGUCUGCUUGACAUGUGCCCUGGCGAGAAGAGGAAGCUCACAAUUCAGCCCGAGUGGGCCUAUGGCUCGCGAGGUGCUGGCCCUAUCCCCGCUAACAGCGUUUUGAUCUUCGAGUCUGAGCUGGUCUCCAUCGAGGGUGUCGACAAGGAGGAGUUGUAG